GCUUCAACUAAUUUCAUAGCACUGAUAUCGAAACUGUUGAUAAUUCAUACUUUAUAUUCAUAUUCAUCUUUCUCGAACUAUUGACAAAUACGAAAAUUCAGUGAUUGUUUACUUGAAAACUUAAUACAUGAACUGAAUAUAGGAUUAAAGGCGAAACUUUGUCUUCAUCACUAAUUAUAUUAUUAUUUUUAAUCAUGUCACGUAUGUUGCCCCGGAGAUAAGGGCGGUGACCCCGAGUGAUAAGGUUGUCCAAGUAUCACAAGCUGAUGGUCGGUAGAGCGUUUCGGCCGGCGAUCUAGCUCUCAUACGAGACACAUUCGCUCAGAAGGCUGGACCGUCGCCGGACCCCGGACGCCGACGCUCUCGACUCCAAUAUGUUCAUUGGCAUCACAUCAAGUGGAGACAACGUCAACUCCCACUACGACUACCUGAUUUGAAUUACGAAACGGCACCAUCGAUUGAAAACAGCUGCACUUAAAAUGGCACUAGAUUUCGUUGCUGGAUGUAUUGGAGGUUGUGCGGGAAUCGUAGCCGGCCAUCCCUUAGACACCCUGAAAGUACACAUACAGUCGGGUAGAGGCAGCCCUUUACAAUGUGCAAAAUCUCUUCUCAGGGGCGGUACGAUCAGCAACAUAUAUCGUGGUGUAUGGGCUCCACUAGGUGGCAUAGCAGCUGUUAACGCAAUUGUUUUUGGUGCAUACGGAAACACCAGAAGGGCUCUAUCGGAACCAGAUUCAUUAAAGACUCAUGCUAUGGCGGGAGCAGCAGCGGGCGCUCUCCAGAGUCUAGCUUGUGCACCUGUAGAACUUAUUAAAACUCGGCAGCAGCUCGCCAGUGCCGGCGAGGGUAUGCCCAAUGGAGCCUGGGCUGGAGCGAGACAUAUAGUAAAGAUCGGAGGAUUUAAAGCUCUUUUUCGGGGACUUGGAAUAACGGUGGCACGUGACAGCCCAGCGUUUGCGAUUUAUUUUACCUCAUACGAGGUUAUGACGAGAGGUGAUAAAUCGGUAUCUAGAGUGUUCACAGCGGGCGGGGUGGCGGGGGCACUUUCCUGGGUGAUCUUGUAUCCGAUAGAUGUUGUAAAAUCACGUUUGCAAGGCGACACUAUUGGUAAAUACUCUGGUGCUUGGGACUGUUUCGUGAAGUCGAUCCGUUCUGACGGAUGGCGGUGCAUGACCCGAGGCGUGGUUGCUGUGACGCUGCGAGCUUUCAUCAGCAACGGCGCGUGCUUCACCGCAGUGGCGUGGACCGAGCAAGCCUGGCAGCAUUGCUCAUCGGACUCCGCAGUCAAAACGCUGGCACAGGCGGCUGUUAUCAGCGACGCAGUGCGGCACCACGAAAGUCCCGACUUACGAUUUGACAUUUAAAAAUUGAAAUCUCCUUGCAACCCCGUCAACGUAAAUGUGAAUUUGUUUUGAUCCUGGGUAUGUUCACCAAUAGGUACCCAAACUAUUACAUGUUUCCACUGGAGGCCAAGUGUAAUCUCAAGUUGAAGGUUUUUAAAUGAUUAUGUAAAAAAAUAUUUAUUAAUUAUUUUAUUAUAGCGUCGAUAAGAAAACAAAACACCAGUGAUUUUUAUGUAUCGUAUAAUUAUCAGAACAAUUUUUUGUACAAUUUAUAAAUGACUCCAAAAGUACAAGAUAACUGACAUUAAGAAUAUUCGUUAUAAAUACAAAUGCCAAAAACUAGAGUAAAAUAGAUUUACAAAUAAAUGACUGUUAUAAUUUUA